AUGUCUUUGUCAAAUUUUGCUUGUUUUUUUUCACUUUUAACUUUUGACCAAACCCUAGUAGUCGUAUCUCUCAUUUCUUGUUCUCAUUUUUUUGCUCUGAUCCUAAUUCAACUCUCAAGGCGAAGCAGGAGCGAGGAGCUCGCGUCUUGCUCACCGGGAGAAUGUGGGGCGACUGGCAUGAAUUUUUUUUUUCCUUUUUUUAUGGCCUCUGAGUUUAUUUCUGUAGUUCACUCUAAUGAUAUCCCGCAUGUUGGCUUUCUUGUUGUGUUUUUAUUGGUAUUUUGA